GUCUUUUCUGAGAGUUAGUGCGUAUGGCUGGUAACAGACACAACCAAGCUAAGCUGCUCCGUAAGGUAGUCAGGUACCGUACCCGUACCCAUAUUUCCGUAUAAAGGGAGCUACUCGGAGAGAUCCUCUACACUGUACUUCAAUCCUCGUCGCCACCAUCACUCCUUUACUUUAUUUAUAUUGCUCGGCUCUCGGUUUUCCUUUCUUAACCGCGACAUGCAGUCUUCCCUGGCUUCUCUUAUCCUCACGGCUGCCACCCUUUGGCCGCUCGUAGCAGCUUCGUUAGACGCCCAGCAACCGCUCGGAGUUUCAUCAACCUCGCCGCCAGUAGCUGCGUCACACUCUCCGGACGCGCCCUCUUGGCGAGAUGACCUUCUCACCUUGCAUCGUUCCCUCGUGGAAAUCCCCUCCAUCUCCUAUACGGAAGGCAGGGUUGCGCACUUCCUCCAGGACUACCUGACCCAGCGUGACUACACCGUCUGGCUCCAACCUGUCCCACAGCGGAACAAUACGCCAGGGCCCGACGAACCCCGGUUCAACGUGUUGGCCUGGAAGAGCGCCAGUCCACACCCCUCAGCCAGUAUUGUUUUGAGCUCUCACAUCGACGUCGUGCCGCCCCACAUUCCCUACGGCAUCGAACCCGGGCCCAUCACCCGCGAGACGAGGAUCAAGGGCCGAGGCAGCGUCGACGCCAAAGCGAGCGUGGCAGCCCAGAUCCAAGCCCUCGAGAACCUCCUCGCAUCGGGCCACGUCGGCCGGGACGACGUGUUGCUCCUCUUCGUCGUCGGCGAGGAGGACAGCGGCGACGGCAUGCGGGCCUUUUCCGGCUUCCUGGACGCCAUGGACCCGCGCCCCCAGUUCGACGCCGUCAUCUUCGGCGAACCCACCGAGAACAAGCUGGCCUGCGGCCACAAGGGUGGGCUCUUCUGCGGGUUGACGGCUAGGGGCGUGGCGGGCCACUCGGGGUACCCUUGGCUCGGCAAAUCGGCCAACGGGCUCAUGAUCAACGCCCUGGCGAAGAUCCUCAACACCGAUCUCGGUAGCGAUGAUUUGUUUGGCAACACCACUGUCAAUGUCGGUAUCCUGGAUGGUGGUGUAGCUGCGAACGUCAUUGCCGAGAAUUCGUUUGCGAAACUCGCCAUCCGCGUGGCUAUUGGACCGCAGGAUGACGGCGGGAAGAUCGUCUGGGACCGAGUCCUUGCUAUUCUCAAUGAGGUCGAUCCCGAGGCCUUUACUUUGACCUGCUCGCAUGACUAUGGAGUUGUUAAAACCAACUGUGACGUGGAUGGCUUCGAAGUGGCUGUGAUGAACUACGGCACUGAUAUUCCUAACCUCAAGGGCAGCCACACCCGUUACCUCUACGGCCCCGGGAGCAUUCUUGUGGCACAUGGCGACAACGAGAACCUCACCGUGGCCGACCUCGAGACCGCCGUAGAGGGCUUCCAGAAGCUGAUCCUGCAUGCGCUGUCUAACUAAUUUUGCGGUUCUGGUUCUCUCUUGUUUUCUUCUUCUUUUUCUUUCCGAUCCA